UUAAAGUUGAUUAACUGCAAACAAUGUGUUUACUGCAUGUAAAUAAAGCUCGAGGAGAGAGAAAUAGGCAGUGAUUGAGCUCGAUUACGAGAAAAAAGAUCCCAUCUUUGCCUUUUCACUGUUCCUCUACACCCUCCAGACUGUUUCCCUCUCUCUAUUAAUGCUUUACUCGUGUCCAAGUUGCAAUCUUGAAACUUGAAAGUUGAACAAAAGUAGGUUUGGUGAGAGAGAGAAAGAGAGGUUCUUGAUUAUGGGCUGCUGUGUUUCAAAAUUCCCACCAACGGAGACGCACCCGGAAAAGGAGAAGCUCCAAAAUCAGGGGGCGGUGCAGCUUGUAGGUGGUGGUAGACCGCCGCCGCCGUCUGCCUCCGCCGCCGCAGCUGGCGGCGGGGUGGAGCCCGGAGUGACCUCCUCUGGGGUUCCUUCUUUUUGCGAGUUUUCAUUUGCAGACCUCAAAGCUGCCACGAAUAACUUCAGCCCAGAUUUUAUUGUCUCAGAGAGCGGUGAAAAAGCCCCUAAUGUUGUCUACAAAGGCCGCCUGCAAAACCGCCGGUGGAUCGCCGUGAAGAGGUUUCCGAAGCUGUCUUGGCCUGACCCCAAACAGUUUGCGGAGGAGGCAUGGGGGGUUGGGAAGUUGAGGCACCGGAGGCUGGCAAAUUUGAUUGGGUAUUGCUGUGAUGGUGAUGAGAGGUUGUUGAUUGCUGAGUUCAUGCCCAACGACACUCUUGCCAAGCAUUUAUUCCACUGGGAAAGGCAGACCAUUGAAUGGGCAAUGCGCUUGAGAGUUGCACUUUAUAUAGCUGAAGCCUUGGAAUACUGCUGCACUGAAGGCCGUCCGUUGUAUCAUGAUCUCAAUGCUUACAGGGUUCUCUUUGAUGAGGAUGGUGAUCCUCGGAUUUCAUGUUUCGGGCUGAUGAAAAACAGUCGAGAUGGGAAGAGUUAUAGCACAAACCUUGCCUACACUCCCCCUGAAUAUUUGAAAAACGGAAGGGUUACCCCUGAAAGCGUCAUCUUCAGCUUCGGUACUGUCCUCUUGGAUCUACUGAGUGGAAAACACAUACCUCCAAGUCAUGCUCUUGAUAUGAUACGAGGUAAAAACAUCAUACUGUUGAUGGAUUCUCAUCUGGAGGGGAAGUUCUCGACUGAGGAAGCAACAAUCGUUGUUGGCCUCGCCUCUCAGUGUUUACAAUACGAACCUAGGGAGAGACCUAAUAUAAAGGAUCUCGUUGCUACUCUUUCUCCGCUCCAGCCUAAAUCCGACGUGCCAUCUUAUGUCAUGCUUGGGAUUUCUAAACACGAAGAGAGCCCCCCAACACCGCAGCGCCCACUUUCGCCUAUGGGCGAGGCAUGUUCUCGACUGGACCUGACGGCUAUACACCAAAUCUUGGUGACCACACACUACCGGGAUGAUGAGGGAACGAAUGAGUUGUCGUUCCAAGAAUGGACACAGCAGAUGAGAGACAUGCUCGAUGCCAGAAAGCGUGGGGAUUUCGCAUUCCGUGACAAGGACUUCAAGACCGCUGUCGACUGCUACUCUCAGUUCAUAGAAGUGGGCACGAUGGUUUCUCCAACUGUAUACGCUCGUCGUAGUCUGUGUUAUCUGAUGAACGACCAGCCUGAUGUGGCCCUCCGAGACGCGAUGCAAGCGCAGAUCGUGUAUCCGGACUGGCCGACUGCCUUCUACAUGCAGUCGGUUGCCCUCGCGAAACUCGACAUGCAUCAGGAUGCUGCAGACAUGCUAAAGGAUGCAACUGGAUUGGAAGAGAAGAGGCAGAAAGGAGGAAGGCCCUCCUAACAAUUUCACACCUUUUUAAUCUUUCCUAAGUUUGUAAAUUUUUUUGGUUCAGAAAAAAUUCUAGCUUUUCUUGCUGAAAUCAACAAUGUAUGUAAUGUACAACAUCUUUUUACCUUAAUAAGAGAUUCAUUCAUUUCAA